GAAGUGAAUCACAGUCGAUGCGGAGACAGGAAGAGAGGCGCGUCUCAUUACUGUAAAAGCUUGAGGGAAAGCGGCAUCAUAAUUAUAGUGUGAAUCAUUAGAAAAUUAUAUUUGUUAAAAUGUCUAAGAAUACCAUGUCGGACCGCUUCCGGAAGGUCGACGUUGAUGAGUACGACGAGAACAAGUUUGUGGACGAUGAGGACGGCGCAGACAGCCAGGCCGGCCCGGAUGAGGCCGAGGUGGAUUCGCUCAUCAGACAAGGGAACCUUGUAGCAGCUCUACAGGCAGUGCUGAAGAAUCCUCCCAUCAACACCAAAAACCAGAACGUCAAGGACCGGGCACAGGCGCUGGUGCUGAGGGUGCUGAGCAGCUUUAAGAGCAGUGACAUAGAGAAGGGUGUUCAGAGUCUGGACAGCUGUGGCGUGGACCUGCUCAUGAAGUACAUCUACACAGGCUUCCAGAAGCCCUCUGACAACAGCAGCGCUGUGCUGCUGCAGUGGCACGAGAAGGCUCUCGCAGUGGGAGGUGUGGGCUCCAUCGUCAGGGUGCUGACCGCCAGGAGGACGGUGUAGAUGUGGACCUGAUCCACAGGGUCCGUGCUGGCACUGGACCCUGCCACCGCACGCUACAUACUACAUGCUACAUACUACAUGUUGCGCUAGACGCUACAUGUAAUAUGCUACAUGUUAUAGGUGACACAUUAUGUGGUACAUGCAACAUAUUACAUGCUACAAUCCUGUUCCUGACUGCCAGUCAGACGGCCUUCUUCCUCUCCUGCUCUCAAUACCCUACCUCCCCCCUCCCCCCCUCCCUCAUUCCCUCCCUCCCUACCUCCCCCCCUCCCUCCCUCCCUCCCCCCUUCUUCCUUGGAUGGAUAUCUGAUGUGAGGGGUUGGUAACAGCCUUAAACAGGAGGGAAAGGGGAGAGAGGGAAGGAGUGGAGGGAGGAUUGAGACGUGGCCGCCUGUCCUCUCACAGGAGGGGGACGUCUAGUCAGGAUCGAGCUCCAACCAUGAGACAAGCAUGAGCCUCUGUAUUAACCAGUGAGUGUGUGCGUGUGCGUGUUCCGCUUGUGAGAAGGAGCUGAUGUGUUCGUAGCCUCACACCAGAAGCAGGGGGUGUUUGAGGAGGGGGUGCAUGUUGAAUUGGAGCACCAGAUGCCUUAUAGAAGCCUUGUGUUUUGAUAUGCUGUACAUGACUUUCUGGAUGCAAUAAAGGAAUUCAUACAAUGAG